AUGCUGGAUGCUAUAUCCAACGCAUCUGUCUCUGCGAGCACCGCUCCAAGUCUGACAACCGACUGGCCUCGGUCUGGUCCUUUCGCCGGCUCCCCCGGGAACCUCAUCAGCCUCAUGGGAGACUCACCGCCAACACAGCCGUCCUCCUAUGAGGACGCACCGGGGGGUCGCCUCGGCCACCAACCCCCCUGGGCCACCACCGCCACCCACCGGGGCUUCAUGAAUCCCUCGCCGGCAUCGGCCUCACCCCCCGCCAACAGCCAGCGACCCCUGAGCUUCCCGAUGGAGGAUCCUGCUCGGCAGCAGCAUCGGAAACAUCUCCAUCAUCGUCAGAGCCCUGAGCCAUCCCUGCCGCACUCCCGCUCCCCGCCCUCUCUUGGCGCUACCGUCGCCGCCGGUCCUGGCUACAGGAGGAGCUCCCUCCAGACUCGCUCCGCUGCUCAUCACCAGCCGCCCCUCCCCCACCAGCCGCAGCCGCACUUUUACGGUACCCCAGACCUCGACCUGGCCGUCGCCACGCAGUCCGGCAUCAAGGCUGGGCAGCGCGGGUACCACUUUGGCUUUGACCGCUUGCCCUCCACCUCGGCCGACCGUCCGGGCUCUGCCGACCACGUCGUCACGGCUGGGUACCAGGGCGGACUCGACGUGUACGCCGUCAGCAAGAGAGGCCUCGAACCCGUCGGUGGCCUCAAGGGUCUGCACGGAGCCGUCCUGCAUGCCAAGAUACUCCCCUGGUCCCUCACCGGCCCCCAGCGUGACGUCUUCCCCCUCGUUGCCGUCGUCCUGCAUGGCCCCGUCCUACGGCCCCAGGAUGCGCCCACCCCGGCUGCCCACAGCGCCGCACAGAGCCCCGCCAUGGGUACCGGCGCUGCCAGUCCCCGUUCGGCAUUUGGCCAACCCGAGGCCCGCCCGCCCGUCGACUCGUACCAGACAUCGGUCCAGGUCUACUCCCUCAGGACGGGCAAGCGCGUCGACACGCUCCUCACCGCGCCCGAGGUUCCCAUCAGCACCGCCAUUGCCCUGACGAGCCCGGCCUUCCAGCCGCCGGCCCCCGUGGGCGCCUUCACCAUCGAGGCCGACUCUGGAACCCUCGUCGUCUGCUCGGGCACCACCGGCGAGUGCUGGGUAUUCCUGCAGCGCCUCGAGCCUCAGAACGGACACAUGUUUGCGUGCGUUGGCAAGUUGUGGACGGCCCUGCAGCAGAGUCGCAAGGCCGACGCGCCCGGCACGGAUGAGGGGACGCAGGGACUGGGCGGCUAUGCCCCUUCAACAUCGGCGUCUAGAGGCGCCAACGCAUCGGCACCCAUCUUCGCCCUCAACGGCCGCUGGAUUGCCUACUGCCCCUCGCCCCCUCUUCACAAGGCCCUGGGCGCCAGCGUCGCCACCCCCAUUGCGGGACGGGCUCCGGGCGUCUUGAGCAUGUCGCCACCUCACCUGCCGGCCGCUGCGGCGUCGGUCGACCUCAUCGCCGAUAGCUUCGUCAACAAGUUCAUGCGUGGGACCACGCAGGAGCUCAUUUGGGGUGCCAAGUGGAUGGGCCAGCAGGGUAAGCAGGCUUGGAAUUCGUACUGGAACAAGUCGACCAAUCCGCAGCCGCAGCAGAUGGCCGCGGCGCCGCCUCAGCAGCCUCGCUCCCCGCCCCCGACGGCGCACUUCCCGCCAACGCACGGCGCGCUCGGUGGGCCGCACCCCAGGAGCCCCGGCCUGGUGUCCAUCGUGGACGCCGAGACCUUGGCCGCGUCGGCCUCGGUCGUCCCCAUCACCAGCUUUGUCCCGCCUCAGGGCUGCAGCUUCCUCUCCUUCUCACCCACCUCGCUGGCGCUGUUCACGGCGAGCAGCAAGGGGGACGUGCAGAACGUGUGGGACCUGCUGCGCAUCCACCACACCAAGGCCUCGCCGCUCCAGGCGACCAUGGCCCCGGCUGAGACGUCCGGGCCCGUGGUCCGCCAGAUUGCCCAGUUCUCGCGCAUGACGGUGGCGCGUGUCGUCCACGUUGCCUGGUCCGAGCCUCACGGCGAGCGUCUGGCCAUGGUGACGGGAAGGGGCACCGUCCAUGUGCUCGACAUGCCUCCCAGCGCCUUCAUGUGGCCGGCUCCGCGCCGCCGCAAGCCUGCCGAGGUGAAGAACCCCGAGGCUGCCGAUGCUGGAUCGUCCUCCUCGGCCGUGACCAUCACGACCAACGCCUUCAGCGCUGCCUACCAGGCCGCCAAACCCUUCGUUUCCAGAGCCCGCCGUAGCAGCGCCCACGUCCCGUCUACCAUGGGCGCCAGCGCCGGCCAGGCCUUCAAGGAGUCGGCCGCGCAAGGCGGGAGGGCCUUGGCCGCGGGCAUCAGCAACUCCCUCGGCAAGACGGGCACGGCCUUCAACCAGUUUCGCGUCGCCGGCGAGAAUCGCGUGGCGCUGCCCAAUACGACGUCGCUGCCGGCAGCUUCGUGCGUGACGUGGGUCAGAAGCCGUCGGUCCCACAGCCUCUUCACCAUGGGCGAUGGACUCGUACGCGUCUUCCCCGCUAAGGCGCGGCAGAUGUCUACCCAGUCCAAGCGUCCCUCGAGGACCCGUCGGUACAAGGAUUUCAAGGUGCCGGGCCUGCCGGACGACGCCGUGCCUCCGGCCAUCCGUCAGAUCGUCCACUUGGGCGCUGAGGACGAGGUGCUCGACCUCACGGAUCACGACAUGGAGGCGGGUGACAAUACUCUGACUCUCGGCUACGGCCAGCGGAAGCGCCCAGCUCCGGACCUCAGCGCCGAUGCGGCCAUCCCCCAGGCCGAGAUAGAAUCGAGCGCUGCGUACCAGCCAUUCCACACCGACCGCCGGGUCACUCUCAACGAGUACGCACCUGGCAGACGGGGUGCCGACGCCAUGGAGUCCCUCUCGGGCGCCCUGGCAGACGCGAGCCUCGAGGACAGUGCCGUAUUGAAUGAGAGGAACCGUAAGAAGAAGAAGGACAGCAAGAAGAAGGCACAGUCAUCGUCGUCGGAAGUUUGCGAGGGAAGGACGGCAGCAACAGAUAGCUUGUCCGCCUGGGCUUUCGGACAGCCCAUCCCGGUCGUCACCUGGGACCUUGGCCAGUCCUUCAGUCAGGAUGACCAGUACGAGGAUAUGGAUGGACACCCCCAGGCGUUGCCACCCUCUGCAAUGGAGCGCGUCAUGGAGUACGGAGACCACGCGCAGAUUGUUGUGACGACGCGGAAGCGCCGAGGUGGUCGUGCUAGUGACGGCGAUGGAGAGGGCUUCUUCGAAGACGAAUGCGAGCUGCUCGAAUUUGCUGACCAGCGGGUGUGA